GGAAUUUAGGAUACAUGUCUCUGUAGUUGUUCAUCUGUCUCUUCUACAUGGCAGGGCUUUUUGCAGAACUGGUUCAACAUUGGCGGAUAAUUCCAUUGAUUGUUGUGCUUGGGAUUGGUACUGGAAUUCCUUUUGGCUUUCAAAUAUCAGUCACAAGUUCCUCUUCACCUUUUGUCAUUGAAUUUAUUAACCAGACAUGGAUAAGAAGAUAUGGAUCCACUGUGUCUCAGUCAACUGUCACCUUACUAUGGUCCACCGCAGUAUCUAUAUACAGUAUCGGGGGGCUGCUGGGGGCCCUGCUAUCUGGGUGCCUCACAGGAAGAUUUGGGAAAAAACGAUGUCAGAUAUUUACUAACCUGGUUGGAAUCACAGCUGCUGCAUGCCUUGGGUUCAGCAAGACGAUUCAAUCUUACGAGAUGAUUCUGAUUGGAAGAUUCCUCUGUGGCUUUAGUACAGGUCUUGCAACUAAUAUUUAUAUACAAUACCUGGGAGAGAUUUCCCCAAGAAACCUUCGAGGCUUCACAAACACCUCGGGUCCUUUGUUUGUCACCAGUGGGAAGCUCUGGGGCCAACUUGUUGGACUCAGGGAGACCCUGGGGACAAGGACACUCUGGCCGCUAAUGUUAUCACUUACUGGCUUCAUGCAAGCAUUACAGCUAGUUAUAAUGCCAUUCUACCCCGAGACCCCACCACACCUGCUACUGGUGAAAAGAGACAAGGAGCGCUGCCUGAAAGCUAUGAAGACCUACUGGGGAAAUGGUAACUACCACCCAGAGAUUGACAACAUCCUCACCGAACAAGAAAUCUGCAGAACAACAAAGGCCAUAAGUGUUCUGGAGCUUGUACGUGAUCGAUCCCUGCGUUGGCAGCUCUACAUUAUAAUCUGUGGCACUCUUACACUCCAGCUGUCCGGGAUCAAUGCAAUCUAUUAUUAUGCACGCAGUGUGUUUGUGGCAGCAGGGCUGCCUGUGGAGCAAAUCCCAUACAUGUCUCUGGGAAUGGGGAGCUGUGAGGUCUUGGCUUCAAUGCUAUGUACAUUACUUAUUGAGCGCUGUGGAAGGAAGGUUCUCCUUUUAGGUGGUUAUGGUCUUAUGGCUGUUAUACUGUCACUUCUUACGGUCACAUUGUCUCUCCAGGACUGGUAUUACUGGGUCUCAUACUGCAGUGCUGUGCUUAUCUUCCUAUACACCUUUUUCUUUGGCAUUGGACCAGGAGCUGUAACUAUUGCUGUUUUUAUUGAGAUGUUCAGUCACAGCGCACGCCCUGCUGUGUUUGUUAUCGUUAGCUGUCUCAAUUGGACCGGCCUCUAUAUCAUUGGGGUGAUAUUUCCUUAUGUUGAGAGUGUCCUACAUCAAUACUGCUUUCUUCUCUUCCUCACCUGCAUCUUAGCCUCUGCAAUAUUUAUGUAUUACUUUCUCCCAGAGACAAAAGGAAAAACAUUACGGCAGAUAACAAAGGAAUUUAAUCGAUUCAACUUCAAAGGAAAACCCUGCAAUGAGGCAGCUGAGAUAUCAGCUAAUAUUGAAACCAGCGUGUAAAUAAUCAGAAAACUCAGUAUCAUCACAGAUUAAGGGUACCAUCUGUUGCAAGAAGAAAAAAAUGAUAAUAGAGCAUUUGUAACAAAUAAAGAAUAUUCCUUGAUAUAUAUUGUACACACAUCAUUACAGUAAGGCAGAUCAAGAGAGUAUAUUUUAAUAUUUGUAGGAGUAUACUACAGUACUAGUUUUUCUCUAGGGAGUCCAACUGCAUAUAUUUAGUCCUGAAUUCUACUUUAAAAAAAACAAAACACCUUGCACCAUAACCACUACAGCUCCCUGUAGGGAUUAUAGUGCCAGGAGUACCCUGGCAUACCCCAAUGCAAGUAGUCAAACAUUUUAGAAUAGUUUGAUGUCUCUGGAGCCUCCAUGAGAGCUGGAGGUUCUUUGCCUGAGCUAAACCCAACGGUGCAGAGAUUAGCUCAUUGACUGAGAGUGCUCAGGUGACACUUUCAACCAGUGAAUUUAGCUCAGCAGAUCCCAGCAGUAUAGAAGCUCCUAGCAGGACCUUUCUGGUCUUCUAAAGGCUGGAAUUAGGGGUAAAGUUGUACCUAGCCCACCUUAGACUACAUACAGAGAUAUGUUUGAAGUUCUGAAAAAUAUAUAUAUCUGCAAAUAAAACAAAUUAU